UAUCCUUAUAGGUAAGAAAUUGACAAAUACCACACAAUUAUAGCAAGACCAAACCCCAAAAGAGAUUGAGAAGAAAAUAGUAAUGGGAUUUACUGAGAAGCAAGAAGCUCUGGUGAAAGAAUCAUGGGAACUCAUGAAGCAAGACAUUCCUCUCUACAGCUUUCGAUUCUUUAGCAUCAUCUUAGAGAUAGCACCAGCUGCAAAAGGCAUGUUUUCAUUCUUGAAGGACUCGGAUGAAGUUCCUGAGAAUAAUCCUAAGCUUAAAGCUCAUGCUGUCAAGGUUUUCAAGAUGACAUGUGAAGCAGCUAUUCAACUGCGUGAGAAGGGUGAGAUAGUGGUUAAUGAGACCACUCUAAAAUAUUUGGGUUCCAUCCAUCUACAGAAAGGAGUCGUUGACCCUCAUUUUCAGGUGGUAAAAGAAGCAUUACUACGGACAGUGGAAGAGGCAAUUGGAGAAAAGUGGAGCGACGAGAUGAGUAUUGCAUGGGGUGAAGCCUAUGAUCAGUUGGCUACAGCCAUAAAGGUUGAGAUGAAAGAAGAGUCUGCUACUGUCCAAAAUUCUUAGAAUAAAAACCUUUCAUUAUUUUGUUUCAAAUAAAAAAAAACUUAAUUGCUCUAAAAAUCACCAAAUUUUAUAUAUUUUUAGUAUUUGACACGAACUGUCAAAUUUUUGCAUAUAUAACACGGACACCGUUUUUGACAUAAAACGGCACCGUUUUUGACCUAAAACGGCACCGUUUUUGACCUAAAACAGAAACUCGGUCAUAUAUAUAAAAAAUUGAUAGUUCAUAUAUUUAUAUGCAAAAUUAAAAAUUCGUGUCAAAUACCAAAAACAUGCAAAAUUUGGUGAUUUUUUUGUGUGCAUUUAAGUCAAACAAAAAUAAAUGCUUUAUUUGUUUUGUUCAAAUUGCUAUUUUCUUUGUUUUCCAAUAAUAAUCACUCCCUGGUGAUGGGGUGUCCCAUUUGUUGUUA